AUGACAUCCUACCUUCAGAAAGAAAGGAUCCCAAACCAGUGGAAGACCUCGCGAACCGUUCUUAUCCAAAAGAAAGGUAAGCGAGAGGACCUUCGGAACUACCGUCCGAUAUGCUUGCUGAGCAUGUCAUACAAAGUAUUCACCAAGAUCAUCCUCACGCGCAUAUCUAUGAUGCUGGAUGAAGUCCAGCCUCAAGAACAAGCUGGAUUCCGUCAGGAGUUCAACUGUUUGGACCACAUCCAGACCGUGUCGAGGGUCAUAGAGGUUUGCCGGGAACACUGCCUGCCCUUUGUUCUAACCUUCGUCGACUAUGAGAAAGCCUUUGGCAGCGUAGAAACGAAUGCAAUACUGUCAGCGCUGGCCGAUCAAAGUGGACGCGUCGUACGUGAGGACAUUGCUACGAUCGAUGUACGACUAGGAUACAGCUUUUCCACCGCCCUCUCACCAUACCCUUUGGAAAGGGUGUACGACAAGGCGAUACUAUAUCGCCGAAGUUGUUUACGGCUGCAUUGCAAUGGAUAA